AUGGUUGGCACGAGGAAUCAUCCAGGUCGAGAAACAUUCAACAACUCUAUUUCCACGCUCAUCACUUCACGAGCCAAUUCGCUACAUACCUCGGCUUCGACCUCGGUAGUGGGCAUCAUCAUCACGGGUGGCGCCAGGGGACCAUUUCGGGUGUUGCAAUCGCAGAGAUCCCUGCCGAAGUUUACUGGCCAACGUAGGAAGGCGGUGUCCGACAUGAACAUGAAAAGGAAGCAAGCUCCGAUCCUUACAGCCAGAUUGGUGGAAGUAAAGGGCCGCCGUGUGUCUCAGAGAGUGUGGAGGUCAGCUGUGUGCACCACUCCAAGUAUUGCCAAGCAACUCGCCAUCGAGGAGAUUGCCGAUAAGCACGGCCAACUCAACGGUGUGGCGGCGGGCGCCGCCUUUCCGCAGACGACGGUGGUCAUCAACUAUUUUGUACGACGUCCAGGGAGCCCUGGCCUCGCGACCAAACUACUAGUUGUUUAUUUAGUGGCCCUGCUUGUCGCCCCGUGUAACAACUUGGCUGGGCUGGCACAACAGGCAGCUGGCCUGCAGCCUGAUCAUAAUGGAGCCCGAUCAACGAGGGGCACCAGUAUUCGGGUCCAACUGUCUCAGCCCGGGGGGCAAUAUCGAGAACGCCGAUGGUGGUGGGCGAGGACCCUGAAGAGCAAGUGGAUCGCCGGGGACGUGACGGACCGGGGACGUGAGGUUGUUCGGGUAGUUGAAUGGGAAUUCACCUGGCUGUGGAAGGGGACCAUUCGACAAUGA